UUUUCGAAGUCCUAAAUUUCUUGAAAGAAUAUAACGGAACUGGCAUAUAAACAAAUUAAUUUCCAAUAUUGUAGGUAGAUUCCAUGUUAUCUCAUGAUACAAUACAAACAAAAAUUGUCCACGUGAACAAUGUCAUGAUUGCAUGGAUGUAUCAAGUCCAAAGAACUGAUUUUCACAGUUAUUUGCGCACCCUGUUUACCUACCUGGACUUCAUUAUUACUACUGGCAUGCAAGAUGUUUGUGCGAAACCAGAAGACUUCCAUGUACCAAUGGAAAGUCUACUUUGUUCUACUAGUUUUUGGGUCAGUGUUAAAUGCUCCAUAUGGUAGCUACUUGCACGUCAAUGCAACAGAUUGUGAGUUUCCUGCAAUGUUCAAUUUUGGAGAUUCAAACUCAGACACUGGUGGGCUCUCUUCAGCUUUUGGUGCCGCUCCUCCACCCAAUGGAGAGACAUUCUUUCACAAGCCUGCAGGCAGAUACUGUGAUGGAAGACUAGUCAUAGAUUUCAUUGCUGAAAGCUUGGGGCUGCCAUACUUGAGUGCAUAUCUUCAGUCUGUGGGUUCAAACUUCAGCCAUGGUGCAAAUUUUGCCACUGCUGGAUCCACCAUUAGGCCACAGAAUACCACAUUGCGUCAAUCUGGGUUCAGUCCAUUCUCACUUGAUGUGCAAUCAUGGCAGUUCAACCAAUUCAAGGACAAAUCCAUUGAUGCCUAUAAUCAAAGUGCUUCCUACAAAGAUGCACUUCCCAAACCAGAGUAUUUCAACAAGGCUCUAUAUACUUUUGACAUUGGCCAGAAUGAUCUCACUGCUGGGUUUUUCCUCAACAUGACCGUAGACCAAGUGAGAGCCUUCAUUCCUGAUGUUAUCAGCCAGUUUUCUACCAUCAUCAAGAAUUUACACUUUGGAGGAGGGAUGUUUUUCUUAAUACAUAACACUGGUCCAUUUGGAUGCCUGCCUUAUGUUCUGGAUCGGCUUCCUCACUCCCCAUCUGAGACUGAUAAAUAUGGGUGUGCUAUUCCAUACAACGAAGUUGCUCAGGAUUUCAACAGACUACUUAAGGAAGAAGUUAUACAGCUGAGAAAGGAUCUCCCAAAAGCAGCAAUAACAUAUGUGAACAUGUAUUCAAUCAAAUAUGGCCUAGUAACAAAUGCCACCAAAGAAGGCUUUAAGUAUACUGUAAGGGCCUGCUGUGGGCAUGGAGGCCAAUACAAUUACAACAGGAAUAGUGGUUGUGGGUCAAAGCUAGGAAAGUCCUGCGAAGAUCCAUCUAUUUAUUUGAAUUGGGAUGGGGUCCACAAUACAGAGGCUUCUAAUCACCACAUUUCUCGCCAUGUUAUUUCUGGAGAAUUCUCUGACCCUCUUCUUCCUGUUUCUCAAAUCUGUCAAAAACCUUUCAGCAGUUGAAAAUUAAUUAUGUUUUUCUGUUUGUUCUGCCAACUAGGGAAUUGUCUCUACCAUUGAAAGUAGUUUAAUAUUUCCUCUACUAGUACUGAGUGUCAGAUUUCAUAGAUAAGAUUUCCCAAGUGAAUCGGUCCAGGUGAAUGACUGUAUCUGGACCCAUUGUUUAGUCAUGGACUAAAAGAAUAAGUUGAAUGUGAAGCACCCAACUCACUUUUCAGAGUUAAAUCACAAAUAAAGAGAACUUUAUCUCCUGUUGCCUUAUUGAA